AUGGCCCUCACUCCUGUUUCAGAGGUGUCCACAUCUAUGAAGUGCUUGGAGGGCUAUGGGGACCAAGAGGAACCAACCACACCUAUAACUGUACCAUCAUCUACAACACCAAUAUCAACCAUCACUACUGAAUCCACAACACAGACUACAACAAUCACAGAACCAACAAUAGAAACAACUGCUGUUACAACUACUCCAGCUCCAAGCACUACAACUGAAACACAAACAACUACAGAGGAACCAACCACACCUACAACUGUACUAUCAUCUACAACACCAAUAUCAACCAUCACUACUGAAUUCACAAGACAGGCAACAACAAUCACAGAACCAACAAUAGAAACAACUGCCGUUACAACUACUCCAGCUCCAAGCACUACAACUGAAACACAAACAACUACAGAGGAACCAACCACACCUACAACUGUACCAUUAUCUACAACACCAAUAUCAACCAUCACUACUGAAUCCACAACACAGUCUACAACAAGCACAGAACCAACAACAGAAACAACUACAGUUACAACUACUCCAGCUCCAAGCACUACAACUGAAACACAAACAACUACAGAGGAACCAACCACAGCUACAACUGUACUAUCAUCUACACCAAUAUCAACCAUUACUACUGAAUCCACAAGACAGGCAACAACAAUCACAGAACCAACAACAGAAACAACUGAAGUUACAACUACUCCAGCUCCAAGCACUACAACUGAAACACAAACAACUAUAGAGGAACCAACGACAGCUACAACUGUACUAUCAUCUACAACACCAAUAUCGACCAUCACUACUGAAUCCACAACACAGGCUACAACAAGCACAGAACCAACAACAGUUAGAACUACUCCAGCUCCAAGCACCACAACUGAAACACAAACAACUACAGAGGAACCAACCACAUCUACAACUGUAUUAUCAUCUUCAACAGCAAUAUCAACCAUCACUACUGAAACCACAAGACAGGCUAUAACAAGCACAGAACCAACAACAGAAACAACUGCAGUUACAACUACUCCAGCUCCAAGCACUACAACUGAAACACAAACAACUACAGAGGAACCAACCACACCUACAACUGUAUUAUCAUCUACAACACCAAUAUCAACCAUCACUACUGAAUCCACAACACAGACUACAACAAUCACAGAACCAACAAUAGAAACAACUGCUGUUACAACUACUCCAGCUCCAAGCACUACAACUGAAACACAAACAACUACAGAGGAACCAACCACACCUACAACUGUACUAUCAUCUACAACACCAAUAUCAACCAUCACUACUGAAUUCACAAGACAGGCAACAACAAUCACAGAACCAACAAUAGAAACAACUGCCGUUACAACUACUCCAGCUCCAAGCACUACAACUGAAACACAAACAACUACAGAGGAACCAACCACACCUACAACUGUACCAUUAUCUACAACACCAAUAUCAACCAUCACUACUGAAUCCACAAUACAGUCUACAACAAGCACAGAACCAACAACAGAAACAACUACAGUUACAACUACUCCAGCUCCAAGCACUACAACUGAAACACAAACAACUACAGAGGAACCAACCACAGCUACAACUGUACUAUCAUCUACACCAAUAUCAACCAUUACUACUGAAUCCACAAGACAGGCAACAACAAUCACAGAACCAACAACAGAAACAACUGAAGUUACAACUACUCCAGCUCCAAGCACUACAUCUGAAACACAAACAACUAUAGAGGAACCAACGACAGCUACAACUGUACUAUCAUCUACAACACCAAUAUCGACCAUCACUACUGAAUCCACAACACAGGCUACAACAAGCACAGAACCAACAACAGUUAGAACUACUCCAGCUCCAAGCACCACAACUGAAACACAAACAACUACAGAGGAACCAACCACAUCUACAACUGUAUUAUCAUCUUCAACAGCAAUAUCAACCAUCACUACUGAAACCACAAGACAGGCUAUAACAAGCACAGAACCAACAACAGAAACAACUGCAGUUACAACUACUCCAGCUCCAAGCACUACAACUGAAACACAAACAACUACAGAGGAACCAACCACACCUACAACUGUAUUAUCAUCUACAACACCAAUAUCAACCAUCACUACUGAAUCCACAACACAGGCAACAACAAUCACAGAACCAACAAUAGAAACAACUGCCGUUACAACUACUCCAGCUCCAAGCACUACAACUGAAACACAAACAACUACAGAGGAAACAACCACAACUACAAAUGUACCAUCAUCUACAACACCAAUAUCAACCAUCACUACUGAAUUCACAAGACAGGCUACAACAAGCACAGAACCAACAACAGAAACAACUGCAGUUACAACUACUCCAGCUCCAAAGGAACCAACCACACCUACAGUGUUACCAUCAUCUACAACACCAACACCGACCAACACUACUGAAUCCACAAAACAGGCUACAACAAUCACAGAACCAACAAUAGAAACAACUGCCGUUACAACUACUCCAACUCCAAGCACUACAACUGAAGCAUCAAAAGCAGAAUCAACUAAUCAAUUAACAACCAAUAUUGCCACAAGCACCACAGCAGAAACGCUAAAAACUACAGAGGAAACUCCAUCAACUACACCUAAAUAUAGGUUACCAACUACAACUCUAACAACGGAAUUAACCACUACCACUGAAUCCAAAACACAGGCUACAACAGAAACAACAACAGAAGGAACUAUUGCUUGUACUACGGUUUCAAGCAAAUCAACUGAAGCAUCUACAACUACAGAGGAAACCGCAAUAAAUACAUCUGCAACUAUCCCAACAACAAUUACAACACAAAUAUAUGAAGUUCCCACAAAGGAAUCCACAACACAGGCUGCAACAACCACAGAACCCACAACAGAAGAAUCCACUACACCUGAAGCAUCAACAACUACAGUGGGGGCACCAACAAUACCAACAACAGAAGUACCCACUAUGAGUGCAUCCACAACACAGGCUACAACAUCCACAGAAUCAACAGCAGCAGCAUCCACAACAGCAUUAUCCACCAUAGCAGAAUCAACUGGAUUAACAACCACCAUUUCUCCAGACACAACUGAGGAAACUCCAUCAACUACACCUACAACUGUGCCACCAACUCCAAUACUGGACAUGACCACUACAACUGAAUCCACAAUAGCAGAAUCAACUGAAUUAAAAACUACCUUAGCUCUAAGCACAACUAAAGCCCCAACAACUACAGAGGAAACUGCAUCAACUACACCUACAACUGUGCAACAAACUUCAACCAAAACCAUGGACAUGACCAGAACUCCAGCAUCAACAACAGUAUCCCCAACAGCAGAAUCAACUCAAUUAACUACCUUAGCUCCAAGCAACACAAAUGAAGCAUCAACAACUACAGAGGAAACUCCAUCAACCACACCAAAACCUCUAUCUGGUUCAGCUGUGGUUCAGGCCAGACUGGCCUUCAACUCCUUCACUCCCAUUCCCAGUGAGAGUUUGGUCCUCAGUGCCAUCACCUCUCUGUUGAGUUCUCGAUUCAAAGACCUCAGUGAUUCACUAAAUGUGCUGAACUUCACCUACGAGAAUGUUUCAGAGACAUCCUAUGCAGUCAUCUUCACUUUCAGCAUCAGUAACAUGAGCAUUCCAGAGAACCCUGACCUAAGGAAUGGCACCUACACCCAGGUGGAGAACAUCAUCAAUAAUGCUCUAAACACACUUCUCAAUGCACCUGGCGCAGAACCAUUCGCACCCAAAAUCUCCAACUUCACAAGUUCAGGAAAACAGAUUGAAGGUGUAACAGAGUACAUUCUCCAAUAUGGAGAUAGUCAUAUACCAAUCAGCUUUCUCAGUGAGCUCCAAAAACAAAGUGGUAAUUAUACAUCAGUUCCUCAAUCAAGUACAACAGUUCCACUGUUGUCUUCAGCAGCAACUCCAAUAAUAAAAUCUGGUUCAGCUGUGGUUCAGGCCAGACUGGCCUUCAACUCCUUCACUCCCAUUCCCAGUGAGAGUUUGGUCCUCAGUGCCAUCACCUCUCUGUUGAGUUCUCGAUUCAAAGACCUCAGUGAUUCACUAAAUGUGCUGAACUUCACCUACGAGAAUGUUUCAGAGACAUCCUAUGCAGUCAUCUUCACAUUCAGCAUCAGUAACAUGAGCAUUCCAGAGAACCCUGACCUAAGGAAUGGCACCUACACCCAGGUGGAGAACAUCAUCAAUAAUGCUCUAAACACACUUCUCAAUGCACCUGGCGCAGAACCAUUCGCACCCAAAAUCUCCAACUUCACAAGUUCAGGAAAACAGAUUGAAGGUGUAACAGAGUACAUUCUCCAAUAUGGAGAUAGUCAUAUACCAAUCAGCUUUCUCAGUGAGCUCCAAAAACAAAGUGGUAAUUAUACAUCAGUUCCUCAAUCAAGUACAACAGUUCCACUGUUGUCUUCAGCAGCAACUCCAAUAAUAAAAUCUGGUUCAGCUGUGGUUCAGGCCAGACUGGCCUUCAACUCCUUCACUCCCAUUCCCAGUGAGAGUUUGGUCCUCAGUGCCAUCACCUCUCUGUUGAGUUCUCGAUUCAAAGACCUCAGUGAUUCACUAAAUGUGCUGAACUUCACCUACGAGAAUGUUUCAGAGACAUCCUAUGCAGUCAUCUUCACUUUCAGCAUCAGUAACAUGAGCAUUCCAGAGAACCCUGACCUAAGGAAUGGCACCUACACCCAGGUGGAGAACAUCAUCAAUAAUGCUCUAAACACACUUCUCAAUGCACCUGGCGCAGAACCAUUCGCACCCAAAAUCUCCAACUUCACAAGUUCAGGAAAACAGAUUGAAGGUGUAACAGAGUACAUUCUCCAAUAUGGAGAUAGUCAUAUACCAAUCAGCUUUCUCAGUGAGCUCCAAAAACAAAGUGGUAAUUAUACAUCAGUUCCUCAAUCAAGUACAACAGUUCCACUGUUGUCUUCAGCAGCAACUCCAAUAAUAAAAUCUGGUUCAGCUGUGGUUCAGGCCAGACUGGCCUUCAACUCCUUCACUCCCAUUCCCAGUGAGAGUUUGGUCCUCAGUGCCAUCACCUCUCUGUUGAGUUCUCGAUUCAAAGACCUCAGUGAUUCACUAAAUGUGCUGAACUUCACCUACGAGAAUGUUUCAGAGACAUCCUAUGCAGUCAUCUUCACUUUCAGCAUCAGUAACAUGAGCAUUCCAGAGAACCCUGACCUAAGGAAUGGCACCUACACCCAGGUGGAGAACAUCAUCAAUAAUGCUCUAAACACACUUCUCAAUGCACCUGGCGCAGAACCAUUCGCACCCAAAAUCUCCAACUUCACAAGUUCAGGAAAACAGAUUGAAGGUGUAACAGAGUACAUUCUCCAAUAUGGAGAUAGUCAUAUACCAAUCAGCUUUCUCAGUGAGCUCCAAAAACAAAGUGGUAAUUAUACAUCAGUUCCUCAAUCAAGUACAACAGUUCCACUGUUGUCUUCAGCAGCAACUCCAAUAAUAAAAUCUGGUUCAGCUGUGGUUCAGGCCAGACUGGCCUUCAACUCCUUCACUCCCAUUCCCAGUGAGAGUUUGGUCCUCAGUGCCAUCACCUCUCUGUUGAGUUCUCGAUUCAAAGACCUCAGUGAUUCACUAAAUGUGCUGAACUUCACUUACGAGAAUGUUUCAGAGACAUCCUAUGCAGUCAUCUUCACAUUCAGCAUCAGUAACAUGAGCAUUCCAGAGAACCCUGACCUAAGGAAUGGCACCUACACCCAAGUGGAGAACAUCAUCAGUAAUGCUGUGAGUGUUCAUGACACCUGUUUUAUUGCAGUUAUGCCAGACCUCAAUUUGUGAGACAUGGACUCUCCUGAUAAUAUAAAAACAAUUAUUUCUGUCAGAGUUAUUCUAGAUCUGUCUUAAAGGGCAUAAUCACAGACUGACAGAGUGGCUAUCAGUGUGAUGUUGACAAAUCUUUAUCACAGAAUUAAUGACUGAUACGGGGUAGAAUCAGAGACUGAUAUAGUCUGACUAUAUAGCUGGCAAAAAUAUAAACCUAGCGAAAGCACAGAUAUAGAGAGGAUAUAAAAUUGCACACACCCCGAUCAAAUUGGAGUGUUUUUGAUGUAGAAAAUGAAGCCACUAUCAUUUCUGAUCUUUUUCCAUCUGAAAGUAUCUCUUGUGAUGGCAUUUUGUCAGUCGCAUCCCACGCUUGACUUUGCUUAGUCUGGCUAUAAUUUUCAUCCUCAAUUCAGUGGCUCCAGUUGUCAUGGCUGGUGGUGGGGUAUCAUCUGUUUUUUAACACUGCUCUCCUGUAUCAGGGUCAGCUUAGUACAUCCAGAAUCCAUAUUGAUUAUUAGCAUUCCCAAUCUGAUGGAACCUCUCUUCUAUGUAAAUAAACAUAUGUAAAUAAAGUCAAGAGUAAAGCAAAAUGAUUUAAAGUACUUUUAUUUACAUUUACAUUUAUAUUACAUUUAUUCACUUAGCAGACGUUUUUAUCCAAAGCAACUUACAAAUGAGAAAAAUACAAGCAAAGCGAUAUAUCAAGCAGAGAACAAUACAAGUAGUGCUACCAUACAAGAUCCAUUAAUUGAGUUCCUGAAGAAGCAAAGUGCACAGAGUAGAGAUGUAACUGCAAAUUUUUAUUUAUUUAUUUAUUUAUUUAUUUAUUUGAGUUGGUUAGGUGUUCACGGAAGAGGUGGGUCUUUAGCUGUUUUUUGAAGAUGGUGAGAGAUUCUGCGGUCCGGAUUGAGGUUGGAAGUUCAUUCCACCACUGAGGAACAGUUAGUGUGAAGGUUCUGGAAAGGGACCUUGCGCCAUGCUGAGUGGGAACUACUAAACGUCAGUCACUAAUCGAUCGCAGAAUGUGUGAGGGAACGUAAGCCUUCAGGAGAGAGUUGAGGUAGGAGGGUGCUGUUUCAGACAAGGUCUUGUAGGUGAGCAUCAAGGCCUUGAAUUUGAUGCGGGCAGCUACAGGAAGCCAGUGGAGGGAGAUGAAGAGGGGUGUGACAUGGGUUCUCUUGGGCUGGUUGAAGACUUCUCAAUCAUCUGAAGGGGUUUGAUGGAGCUGGCUGGGAGGCCCGAAAGUAGUGAGUUGCAGUAGUCCAGUUUUGAGAUAACAAGAGCCUGGACUAGUGUCUGUGUAGUCUGUUCGGUGAGGUAGGGUCGGAUUUUCUUGAUGUUGUACAGGAUGAACUUACAGGACCGUGCAGUUGUUGACAUGUGGUCUGUAAAGGUCAAGCUGUUAUCAAGAAUCACCCCAAGGUUCCUGGCCAUCCUGGUUGGCUUGAGUGUGCUGGAGCUGAGCUGUAGAGUGAGGUUGUGGCUGAUUGAGGGACAGGCUGGGAUGACGAGAAGCUUGGAUUUUGCCAGGUUGAGCUUAAGAUGGUGUUCCCUCAUCCAGAUCGAGAUGUCCGACAGGCAAGCAGAGAUACGUGCAGAGACGGAUGGGUCGUCAGGCUGGAAGGACAAAUAGAGCUGGGUGUCAUCAGCAUAGCAAUGAUAUGAGAAGCUUUGAGACUCAAUCACCUGCCCUAGAGAUGUAGUGUAGAUAGAAAAGAAGAGUGGACCCAGAACUGACCCCUGUGGAACACCAGUUGUGAGUUGCUGAGUUUCAGAAAUACCUCCCCUCAAUGAUACCUUGAACGAUCGGUCAGAGAGAUAGGAUUCCACUCAGCGCAGAACCGUUCCGGUGAUGCCCAGGCUGGAGAGGGUUGACAGGAUCUGACGGUUCAUGGUGUCAAAAGCAGCAGAGAGGUCAAGUAGGAUGAGGACAGAUGAUCUAGAGGUUGCUCUUGUUAGUCGUAAGGCUUCAGUGACGGAAAGCAGAGCAGUCUCCGUGGAGUGAUUGCUCUUGAAGCCAGACUGCUUGAUGUCCAGGAGGUUGUUAUUUAGAGCUUAAAAACAUGUUCAUUGUUUGGAUUUGUUUUUAUAAAAUAA